AUGCCUGCUGAGAGAGCCUUCGACCUGUAUACCAAUCCAAUGAGCACGAAGAAAUCUAGCAGGCGCCAACCUGGGGAAGGCUGCAGCGACCCCUCUGCAAAGAGGGCUCAAACGGAAGAUCCUCCUGCACCAACUCCUACCAAAGAGAGGACUCCACCCCCAACUCAUGUUAAUCAAAAUCCAUCAACUCCAGUCGAACAGACUCCUCCUACAGCUCCUGCUGACAUCACUCCUCCAGUUUCCAUUGACCAGAUACCUUCUGGUCAUCCAGAGGGGCAUGACAUAAUGCCUGAUUUGAUUGUGCCAUUGGAGAAGCACUUUCUUGGUCGUGUCACCAAUAGGGGUAAUGCUUACUUAGAAACCCUUAUAGAGCAGUUUAAGAGGCACGGGCUAACUGAACAGGCAGAGGCAUGCUCGUUGGGACAGUUCUUCAAGGCUAAGCCCUUUAGUUUUUCUGGGGUUCUACUGCAUCAACUUAUGUUGCAGAAGGUGGAAAGAAAGAAGGUUGAAGAGGAGUUUUCCCUAGUCACCGGACUGAAUUUUGGGAACACCCCGUCCCCAGACGAGUUAAGAGAGCAUCUUUCAAGUGAUCGGAUCAUCCAAUCAGUCGCAGCUCAACAUCAUGACGAUGUCGACAAUGAGAGGGAGUUCGAUUAUACAAGAGACAGUGUAAAGGGGCCAAAUAGAUGGGGAGAGCGUAAGAGAGAAUGGUCUGCCUGUAAAGGAUUAAAUCAAUCUCCCAUUGAUUUAUCUAAUCAAAUGGUCAAAAUUGUUCCACAGCCGGGAAAAGUGAUGUUCAUAGAAAAUUACAAGCCUUCUAAUGCCACCCUAAAAAAUAGAGGUCAUGAUAUUUCGCUCCAAUGGGACAUAGGUAAAGCAGGAUCAAUCAAUAUUGAUGGCAUAGAGUAUUUCCUCCAUCAAUGUCAUUGGCACACACCUUCCGAGCACACCAUUGAUGGCAGAAGGUAUGAGAUGGAGAUACAUAUGGUUCACAUGAGCCAAGAUAACAAACUUGCCGUGAUUGCUGUUCUCUUCAAUAUUGGUACCCCUGAUCCUUUCCUAUCAAAGUUGAUGAGCGAUAUAACAUCAAUUGCUGAUAGCAAGCUUGAAAAGCAUUUGGGUGUAUUUGAUCCAUCAGAGAUCAAGCUUGGGCACAAGAAGUAUUAUAGAUACAUAGGCUCUCUAACUAUACCUCCUUGUACCGAAGGUGUUAUUUGGAUCAUGGGCAGAAAGUUAAGGACGGUUUCAGCGGAUCAAGUACAUCAACUUCGACUGGCUGUUCAAGAUUAUGCAGAAAAGAACUCAAGGCCUACUCAAUUACUCAAUAGACGAGAAAUUCAGUUGAUCUACGGGUAG